CAUUUUACGCUCUUCGUGCCUGCUGCCAGAGCCUGGCAACAGUAAUCGAAUUAAACAAGCCACAGCAUUUCUCGACACUAUCAACCCAUCGGCUUCUCAGAGCCCGUGGAACGUGGCUCAUCUUGUCUCAGGCCCCGAGGUCUCACAGUCACUCGCUUGGAUCUCUCACUUGCCUCGCCGCCCUCCAGCUCCAGCUCCAGCUCCCGUCCGUCGUCCCCCGUUUGGCACUCACGGCCGUUUCCCUGACUGGAUUGGACUGGCUUGUCGUCACUCGUCGGCUCCGGAGGGUCCGCCCAUCUCUCUCCAUUCCCUCUCCAAACUCUCUGAGGGAUUGACUUUUCCACGUCUGGUCGGUCUCGCAACGGACUUGUCGUCUCAUCUUGACCUGUCACGCCAGGUCAGGUCACGUCUUUCUCUGCCCGGGCCGAGAGCACAGGACGUAUUCAACCGACACACAUACGCCCGAUCACAAUGGACUCAUUUAUUCCAAUGUCCGCCGCCGCCGCCGCCGGUUGGGGUCAACCACUCGCGACAAAAUCGCCAGCGUCCCGGCGGUCAUUAGGUCAUUUUCGAUCUCUCUCCUCCAUCGCAGCGACCCCUAGCUAUCACCCUCGAACGCCUUCGCUCACUCCGGACCACACCCCGAUUAAAUCUUCCUCCUCGACACAUCUACCGAUUGUCUCACCGAACCCGCCUACAGAUUUUGGAGAUGAGAUGAGCACAAUACCUGAUCCUCGAAGUCGUGCUAUGAGCCCGGCCGAUGACAGCGGUGUCGCGACUCCCAGUCAUCACCCCGAUUUGAAUGACGAAGUCGCCACCCUCAGUAAUAAGCUCAUCAACGCCAUUAAUCACCAAACCGUCCUGGACGACUCAUUAUCCGCCGCUCGCCACGAACUUGAUGCUGCACGGGAACGAAUCCGCAUGCUUGAGACUCAAAAUGCCUCACAACGCGAAAUGUUGGCUGGUGACGUGUGGGUUCGCAAGCACACCGUUGAGGACGAAAAGAAGGUGUGGCAGGCCAAGGUUGCCGCGGAACGUCAAAAGCGACUUGACACAGAAUUGGAAAAGAAGAAGAUCGAGCAGGAGCUCGAGAAUCUUACAGCUGCAUUGUUUGAGGAAGCAAACAAGAUGGUGAUUGCUGCCAAGGAAGAGGCAAAGGCUGACCAUGAGGCUCUUCAACGCAAGAAUGACCAACUCAAGUCUCAGCUUGCCGAUACUGAGAGCAUUCUAAAAUCUCAACAGGAGCAACUCGUCGAGCUCAAGCACGUUAUGGAACAUAUGGCUUCGGAACGAGGAGAUCAUAAUAACCCCACUGCUCCCUCUUCUCCCGGCUUGACGAAACCUGAUACUCGUGACGAUCUUCGGUCUUCAACCGAGGAGCCUGCUGCUUCACUCUGGAGCGCUUCCGUCGAGCCUGCUCACCCGACCAGCUUCUCGCAUCUUCUCCAACCCGUUUUGCGAACCGAUUUGUCGUCAUAUGACGAUUUUCUUAUACUCGCACGGACUUCUCGAAAUCGCCCUGGCAGCCGCGUUUCUUCAGGUUCAGUCGGUGCUCUGAAUGCUCUGACUGGCUUUGGCCUUGGUGGUUCAAUAUCGAGCGCCCAUCCCUCCAACGCCUCAACUACCUCGCUUGGCACACCUAUUGCUGGGGCCGGAAGUGCACCUCAGUCUCCCAACACACCGGCCUCUACCGUCAGCGCUGCUUCAAAUGCAUCAGCUACCCCUCUGCCAAGCUUGAAAGAAACAAAGUUUUACAAGCGAGUUCUGGCUGAAGAUAUCGAGCCUACACUUCGUCUAGAUAUGGCUCCAGGCUUGUCAUGGCUGGCUCGUCGAUCCGUUAUCGCCGCCAUCGCUGACGGAUCUCUGGUGGUUGAGCCCGUACCAACCACUGGCAGUCUUGUGGCGCUGACAAAGCCGCAAUUUUACCCAUGUGCACUCUGCGGUGAUUCACGCAAGGACCCUCAGUAUUUACGAAACCAUCGAUUCAGAACUAGUGAGACUGAUUCUGCUCAACGGCACCCGUUGUGCAAGUACUGCCUGACUCGCGUACGGUCAACUUGUGACUUCUUGGGCUUCUUGCGUAUGGUUAAGGAUGGUCAUUGGCGAGCGGACAAUGAGGAUCAUGAGAAAGCUGCCUGGGAGGAGAGUGUACGACUCAGGGAGCAGAUGUUCUGGUCUCGCAUUGGUGGUGGUGUUAUUCCAUGCAUUCCGGCGCCCCUCUCUGUCGACAUGGAAAAGAGCCCGCGUAACAGCCAUGACGGCAGUGUAAGGUCUGACCAUCUCGAAGUUCCUGGCUUUCAAACACCACCGAUGACGAUAGAACGGACACGAAGCGAUACAACCAAGAGUGGCCCGAUCGAGGAGCCACACACACCUCCUAUGCAAACUGAUGGAGCCAGGAGUGUGCGCAGCUCCGUCCAGAGUCUCGAUGUGAAGAGCAACUCUGGCUCGGAGGAAACGAAGCGACUAUCUAUCACGAUUCCGACUACGGAUUAAGAAUCUCACGAGUCGGUGAUACCGACGCCACUGUGGACUUUGUGUAUGACUAUGUAUACUAUUUUGAGCUACAGGAUCGCAUGCAUUGUUUUGGGUUGCACCUUUU